AUGGCGCUUCGUCAGUUCAAGGCGCCGGUAGCGUAUGAGGCGCAACAAACCGCCUUCGAAUCCUUCCUUUCAGAGUUCAAGGCGUCGCCCGAACAAACGAUCGCACACGCUCUGGGCAACAUCACGAUAGACGAGAAUGACUUCAGCGACGAUGAGUUGAUGGAGGAUGAUGAUACCCGCCAGACUCGCCGUCAGGCCAAGAGCGCACCAGGACCCAAAUACAAGGAAAUGCUGCAGGAGUUGGCAGACCGUAAAACUAACGAGGUUAUGAUCGACUUGGACGACCUCGCGACUUUUGAAUCACAACUUGGCGACGAGCUCAAGUUGGUCGAGUCCAUUGAGAUCAACACCAAGCACUACGUGGAAUUGAUGUCAAGAGCUGUGGACAAGCUCAUGCCUAAGCCUAGUGAGGGUGUCAACUUCCAGGACGAUGUUCUAGACGUGCUCAUGGAGCGAAGACAAAGGAGGAACGAGGCUAUCGAGCGGGCAGCUACUGAGGUAGUUGACGGCCAAGUUCCUGACCCCACUAUUGCGGAGGACAAGUUUCCUGCUGAACUCACUCGGCGGUACACUCUCGUCUUCAAGCCUCGAUCCGACACCCCCUCCCACCCAGUCAAGGCCUAUGCUGUGCGUCAAGUCAACGGCGACAAGCUUGGUCACUUGAUCACUGUGCGCGCCAUUGCCACGAGAGUUUCGGACGUCAAGCCUGUCGUGCAAGUCAGUGCCUACACUUGCGAUCGAUGCGGUUGCGAAAUUUUCCAGCCUGUCAACGACAAGUCUUACGGCCCCUUGAGCGCAUGCCCAUCCGAAGAUUGCAAGAGGAAUCAGGCCAAGGGCCAGCUCCACCCCUCUUCAAGAGCUUCCAAGUUCUUGCCGUUCCAGGAGGUUAAGGUACAGGAGCUUGCUGAGCAGGUUCCCAUCGGUCAGAUUCCUCGCACUUUGACUAUCCUUUGCUACGGCACGUCAGUGCGCAAGAUCAACCCCGGCGACGUUGUCGACAUCUCCGGCAUCUUCCUCCCUACUCCUUACACGGGUUUCAAGGCCAUGAAGGCCGGUCUCCUGACAGACACCUACCUUGAGGCGCACUACAUCGUUCAGCACAAGAAGGCUUACUCUGAGAUGAUUGUCGACCCCAGUCUGGUUCGCCGCAUCGACCAGUACAGACAAUCCGGUCAAGUCUACGAGCUCCUCGCCAAGUCUAUUGCGCCUGAGAUUUACGGUCACCUCGACGUCAAGAAGGCCCUCCUCCUCCUUCUCAUUGGUGGUGUUCACAAGCAGGUCGGUGACGGCAUGAAGAUUCGUGGUGACAUCAACGUUUGCCUUAUGGGUGACCCUGGUGUGGCCAAGUCCCAGCUGCUCAAGUAUAUCUCGAAGGUCGCUCCUCGUGGCGUUUACACUUCCGGACGUGGUUCCAGUGGUGUUGGUCUGACCGCUGCCGUUAUGCGUGACCCUGUCACCGACGAAAUGGUCCUCGAAGGAGGCGCCCUCGUCCUUGCCGACAAUGGUAUCUGCUGUAUCGAUGAAUUCGACAAGAUGGACGACAACGACCGCACAGCUAUCCACGAGGUCAUGGAACAGCAGACCAUCUCCAUCUCCAAGGCCGGAAUCUCCACCACCCUCAACGCCCGUACCUCCAUCCUCGCCGCCGCUAACCCUAUCUACGGCCGCUACAACCCCCGCAUCUCCCCGGUUGAGAACAUCAACCUCCCCGCCGCCCUUCUCUCCCGUUUCGACAUCAUGUUCCUCCUCCUCGAUACCCCCAGCCGCGAGACCGACGCUCAGCUCGCCAAGCACGUCACCUACGUUCACAUGCACAAGCGCCACCCGGACAUCGGCACCGACUCCGUCGUCUUCUCACCGCACGAGGUCCGCUCCUACGUCGCCCAGGCCCGCACAUACCGCCCCACCGUCCCCGCCGCCGUCUCCGAGUACCUCACCAAGACGUACGUCCGCAUCCGCGAGCAGCAGCGCCGCGCCGAGAAGAAGGGCGAGCAGUUCUCCCACACCACCGCCCGUACCCUCCUCGGCAUCGUCCGUCUCGCCCAGGCCCUCGCCCGUCUGCGCUUCAGCAACGAGGUCACCCACGACGACGUCGACGAGGCCCUCCGCCUCAUCGAGGCCUCCAAGGAGAGCCUGGUCGCCGAGCAGAGCAACUCCGGGCGCACGCGCCUCAACGCCAGCAGCAGGAUCUACAACCUCGUCAAGACCCUCGCCGACAGCGGUGCCUGCCGCGCCGACGACGCCGAGGACGAGGACGAGGAGCUCGGCGUCGAGCUCUCCCUCCGCAAGGUCAAGGAGCGUGUCAUCGCCAAGGGCUUCACCGAGGACCAGUGGCUGGCUGCCCUGGAGGAGUACAACGAGCUUGAUGUCUGGCAAACGGCCGGCAACGGUACGAGGCUCGUCUUCAUCACCUCCAACGCAGACCGCGAAUAG